AGCCUCCAUCCUCAUUCUCCCCCUCUCUCUAACUGCUCCAGAUUCACCUAUACGUAUACUAUAUCUAUAUCUAUAUAUCUCUUCUUCAUCUAUACACACACACACACAUAUAUAUAUAUACCUUUCUUGUUUAUAUAUAAUUAUAUAUAUAUAUAUAACAUACAGGGUAUAUAAUAAUAUAAGCUUAAUUCCUGGGUUCUGUGCGAUAGAGAGAAAAUGGAAAUGAAUAAUGGUUCCGAAUCGCAGCCGGAGAACAAGGCAGCAAAGGUACAGACAGAGCAGCAUAAGCCGGCGCCGUUGCCGGCGGUGGCGGCGGUUCCGGUGGCCGCAGCACAGCAGCAGCCGUGGGUGCCGAUGCAGUACCCUCCGCCGCAGCCGGCCAUGGUAAUGCAGCACCAGUUCAUGCCGGCGGCGCAGCCUUACCCGCCUCAUUACAUGCCGUUCCAGCACCCCCACCACCACCACCCCAUCUCGCCCACGGCGCAGGUGGCUCAGCCGCCCCUGCGCCACCACCAGCAGGGCGGCGGCGGUGGAGGAUCCAACGGUGAAAACAGAACGAUCUGGGUGGGCGACCUCCACCAUUGGAUGGACGAGGAUUAUCUCCGCAACUGCUUCUCUACCACCGGAGAGGUUACCUCGUUGAAGGUCAUUCGAAACAAGCAGACUGGUUUCUCGGAGGGGUAUGGUUUUGUGGAGUUCCUUUCACACGCUGCUGCAGAGAAAGUUCUGCAAUCGUAUGGUUGCAUGGUGAUGCCUAAUACGGAGCAACAUUUCCGUUUGAAUUGGGCGACAUUUAGCAUGGGCGAGAAGCGUGCGAAUAACGGGUCUGAUCUUUCCAUCUUUGUAGGAGAUUUAGCUGCUGAUGUUACUGACACCUUACUGCUCGAUACGUUCUCUAGUAAAUAUCCCUCUGUUAAAGCUGCUAAAGUAGUCAUCGAUGCCAAUACCGGUCGGUCUAAGGGUUACGGGUUUGUAAGGUUUGGAGACGAUAAUGAGAGAUCGCAGGCCAUGACUGAAAUGAAUGGUGUGUAUUGUUCGAGCAGGCCUAUGAGAAUCGGUGCAGCUACUCCACGGAAAUCAUCGGGAUAUCAACUGCAACACGGUGCACAAGGUGGAUACGUGAAUGGUUCUCCAGCCCGUGGAUCACAAUCUGAUGGAGAUUCUACUAAUACGACAAUAUUUGUUGGGGGCCUCGACCCAAAUGUUAGCGAUGAAGAUCUCAGGCAGCCUUUCUUACAAUAUGGCGAAGUAGUUUCAGUUAAAAUUCCAGUUGGGAAAGGAUGUGGAUUCGUGCAAUUUGCCAACAGAAAUGAUGCUGAAGAAGCAUUGGAGAAGCUGAAAGGUCUCGUGAUUGGAAAACAGACAGUUCGCCUUUCUUGGGGGCGAAAUCCAGCGAACAGACAGUCGAGAUCUGAUUUCGUGACCCCGUGGACUGGUCCAUAUUACGGGGGACACUUCUAUGAUGGUUAUGGUUACGCUUUCCAAGUGCCCCAUGACCCGAACAUGUAUGCUGCUGCAACGACAUAUGGUGCUUAUCCAAUGUAUGGCGCCCACCAGCCACAAGUAAGCUGAACCUAACGCCUGCACGGGAGCUUCAAAAGGACUGGCUAUUGUGCUCCGAUCUUCUUGAUUCCAGAAUCGCGACCACCGGGCAAUGUGAGCGACAUCUUUAGUUAUAUCUCUACCAAAAAAAAAAGGAGCUGGAACUGAGUUUUGACAUGAACAUCUAUCCAUGAGAAGUAGUUCGAUCUAUAUCUAGCGAAAUCAAAUCGUAUAAUCAAACAUUGACUAUGAAGUUUGGACAGUUAUUUUUCAUUGAAAAUAAAUGAAUGAUUUUGAAACCACCA